AUGUCUUUCAAGAAACACCCUCGUCAAUAUGACCUUGUGGUGUUCGGUGCAACUGGCUAUACCGGGUCACUGAUUGCCGAACAUAUCACAACCCACUUCCCAACAGAUCUAAAAUGGGCGAUAGCCGGCCGAUCUACUGACAAGCUGCGGAACGUAAUUCAAGAAUGCAAAGCCUUGAACUCUGACCGUCAGCCCCCAGAGAUUGAGAUAUGUGGUCUCAAUAACGCAGAUCUUGAGGCGCUGGCCAAAAAGACCUUUGCGCUCGUUACGACAGUUGGUCCGUAUGCAAAAUACGGAGAGUUUGCCUUCAAGGCUUGCGCAGAAGCUGGCACUCAUUAUUUCGAUUGCACUGGAGAGGCUGUUUGGCACGCAUCUAUGAUUAAGAAGUAUGAAGCAUCCGCAAAGGCAACGGGUGCUUGCAUGUUCCCCCAGGCCGCCAUCGAAUCUGCUCCGUCGGAUUUAAUGACCUUCUCUAUGGCAUCACUCAUCCGAUCUGAGCUCUCAGCCCCGGUGAGCGACGUUGUGGUUAAAAUACAUGAGAUACAUGGUGCACCGUCAGGUGGUACUCUCCAUACACUUCUAGGGCUCUUCGACGUCUUCCACUGGAAAGAAGUAGUUCAAUCUCACAAACCAUAUGCUAUAUCUCCUGUCCCGAACUCGAAACAAGCCCCUAAGUCUUCGUUGCUUUCAAAGCUAACAGGCUUAUAUACCAUCCCCAAGCUUGGACUCAUGUCAACCUCCAUGACUGCCGGGACCAACACUGCAGUUGUGCAGCGUACAUGGGGCCUGUUCAAAGAGGAGUCAUCGUUGCAGAAGCAGUUCUAUGGACCAAACUUUACUUACCGGGAAUUUAUAAGAGCAAAAAACCACCUCAGUGGUAUGGCGAUGCACUAUACCCUUAUAGUCAGCGGCGCAUUGCUUAUGUUCUGCUCGCCAAUUCGAAAGUUAAUGCGCAACUUCGUCUAUCAGCCCGGCGAGGGAACAAGUAAAGAAGAGCAGGCAAAAGAGUAUAUCCAGUUCCAAGGAAUCGCAACGCCAGACGUCCAACCUAGCAUCGGCAAGCAAGCGUGGUGUAAGGCUGAAUAUAGUGGUGGAUUGUAUUAUUUGACUGCGAUGUUUGUUAGCCAAGCUGCCUGCACAAUAUUACAAGACGACCUCAACCUCGCAGGAGGUAUUUAUACCCCUGCAUGUUUAGGCCAGGGAUAUAUCGACCGUUUGAAUGAUGCUGGAUUCAAAUUAGAGUCGAAGAUUAUUGACGCAUAG